GCCGGCUCGUGCACUGCAGGGGGUGGCGCGAGGGUGGCCGGCGCGCGCAAAGCGGUUCAGAGCCGGGGUGGCGGUUGCUCCGUGUGUGCCUCGCGGGCGCCUCCACCCCCGCCUCAGGUGAUGCUGGCGGCUGGGGCGAUGAUGAGGAAGAGGCUGAGGAGGGAGGUGGGGGCCUCCCGCCCCGCCGACCCCCGCCUCCCGCCCACCGGCUCGGAGCCCCGCCGACCCGUCCCCUGCCCCUGAGGAGGCCCCGGGCCGAGCCGGAGGCGGCGAGCCAGCGGCCCCCUCCACGACCCCUCUCCGUCCUCAAUGUCUCCCCCGCCGCGGGGAGGCUGCUGCCGCCUUGGAGUCCAGCGCUCCGGCCCCCUCGCCGCCGCCGCAGCCCCCUCGCCGUCGGCCCGCAGCAGCCGCCUGGGCGCGGAAGGAGCCCGGCCUCCCCGCUGUCGCCGCGACCCGGCCGCCGCCAGCCCCUGGCGGCUGAGGAGCAGCGGAGGAGGCGGGGAGCCCCUCGGGGAAGAUGAAGGCGGAAGCGGGGGACAACUCCAUGAUCAACCUGUCGGUGCAGCAAGUGCUGAGUCUGUGGGCGCACGGCACCGUGCUGCGGAGCCUCACCGAGAUGUGGUACUGGGUUUUCCUAUGGGCUCUCUUCUCCUCUCUCUUUGUCCAUGGUGCUGUGGGAGUGUUAAUGUUUGUGAUGCUGCAGAGGCAUAGGCAGGGGAGACUAAUCUCUGUCAUUGUGGUCAGCAUUGGAUUUCUGGGUUCUGUAUCUGGAGCAAUGAUAACCAGUGCAGCAGUAGCUGGAAUUUACAGAGUAGCAGGGAAGAACAUGGCUCCUUUGGAAGCACUGGUAUUUGGAGUUGGACAGACAGUACUGACAUUGAUUAUCUCAUUUUCAAGGAUUCUUGCUACACUUUGAGACUUCUGUGAAAACAGUCAGUUGAUAUAAGGAAACCUGUUGUCUGCAGAGAAGUUUCCUGAAAGUGGCUUCAGUGGCUGACGGACAUGGAUUAGUGCAACAGGAAGAAUAUGGGACCUGAACUUCAAAUCUAGAAGUUCAGUCAAGUGGGAAAGGACUGCCCUCUAGUGUCCACACUGUUUUACUACUGCUCUGCACCUUAUGUGCCUCAGUCACAGGAAAGGUGCAAUUAAUGUAUGUGAAGUUGUGAGAUAAAGCACCUUGAAGAGCUGCCAAUCAGGUUAACACUUGAUGAUGAGAUCAUUGUUCUUAACAGUGUUGAAAUACAGGGACAUUUCUGAAGAAUCGGUACAUGUGCCAAACUUGAAGUUUAAUUUUUUAACUAUUGAUAGUGUGAACAUUUGAAAUUGUAGUAAUAGAGGAGUGCUGUGAAUAUAUUCCACAUUAAUUCAGGUAAACUAGUAAGGUACUUGCAUUUGUUUAACUCAAUCCUACUCAAUGCUGAGUGUUACCCCAUUCAGCAUAUGAAGUAACUACUUGUUUUUUGAACUGUACAUGAGUAUUACUGGGAUAUAGGACUGCAGCAGCUCUAUUCAUAAAAUUCAUGUGGUUAGCACUAUAUGUAGGAGGACUUUAGUGAAGCAAUUCUGUGAGGUUCACCACCUAUAGAAAACAGAUUUUAAUGGUUUUAUUUCUACAUACUUGGUAUUUUAUCAGUCCAAAAAUCAUCAAGCAGACUGUGAGUAGGGCAAACUAAGUACAAUCUAUUAUGUAUAUUUACAAAUGAAAUUUAAAUUAUUCCUUUACUCAUAAAUUUUGUUUGAAAUGUAGGUAUUCAUUAACCCUUCUGAAAAAGGUACUUGUGUUUAUCUUCAAAGAAAGAAGUUGUUUCCAGUGUGAUGUCAGAGAAGUUACUUGUUGCAAUUAAAUCUUCUUUUUAAUGAUAUUUAAAAACCAGAACCAGUCUUUAAUUCUGAAACAUCUAAUGUUUAAAACAUGGUCUAAUCUAGGCUUUGAAAGAGAAUUAAAAAAACAAGUAAAGAAACAACAAAGAAAAAAUUGAAAGGGAUUUUAAGAAAUAUUUUAUGUUUGGUACAUGAUUGUUCCAGUAUUCUGCUGAACAAAAAUGGUAAAUUUAAUGUUAAGAUCCGGUCUAUCAGUAUCAAAACUGGAACAAUAGUGCGAUGCAUGAACUUCCUCAUUUCUGAACACAUUUUAUCCUAUGUGGAGUUUUCAGAUAUUUAGCUUUCAGUAGACUUGUGUUCUUUCUACUUUAAAAGGAACAGUGGUAAUAUGCAUGUAAAAUGCACAUAUAAAAUGGUUCAAAGUGAAUAGAAAUUUUAAAAUAUUACAGGAGUGCAGAAUUCAGAAGGGCAAGAAGGUCUGUGUGAGGAAAGAGGGAAUCAUUCAUAUCCUGCUUCAGUGGAGUACUUUACAACAGUUGAAUAAAUGUGUGCAUAGAGAGGGAGGGCUUAUGCACCAAAGGUGUUGCUGUCAUGAUGUCCAAGAUUAUUCCAGGCCUGUUGAAACAGUAGUAUUUGGAGCACUAUCAAAAGGACACUGUCACAAUGGUUACUUAAAAAUCACUUUGCUCACUGCUUCAAAAUACAAUAAAUUAAAAUCUGAUUUUACCAUUUUUCCUCCAUAAACAUUAGUUUAUCAGUUAUUAUUUGUAAUUGGUAGGCUGCUGCUAUCUGUAGAUAAUUAUUUAAAUUUUUCUCAAUAACUUAAUUUAUGAAAAAUAAUUGAUUGCAGAUAGUCAAGUCACUGACUUAAAAAAAAAAAACUUAGUAUAAAUAAAAUAACUGAAGUUAUGUUCUUUCUAAUUUAAUGUGCCUUGGAGAGAGAGAUUUUAGGGGAAGGAAUUUAAAUAAUUUUACUGUCCUCUUACUGCUUGUUCUCUUGUUGCUUUUACUAACAGAUUUGGUUAUCUGAUGCAAUGGUUUAAUCAACAGAAGUACUGGGAGGAGUAAUGAAUUCUUAUGACGUGACAAACUAUGGAACCACGUUUUGUCUGGAUCUAAAAAUUCCUUUCCUAAAACAUAGUCUUCGGUAACUUGAAUAAUUUCAAGACUUCUUAACUUUCACUAGAAAGCUGCAUCUUAGAUUUCAGAUUUUUUUGCACAUCUAACUAACUUGCUGUUCUAUUCAUAACGUUGUUUUAUGACAAUUUAACAUCUUCAGUCUCACCGUAUUAAGCCAAUGACUACAAAAGACACCAUUACUAAGUUCAGAAGUUUGAAUGAAAAUUAAAAUUUCAUUGAAUGGUAAACUGUGCUUUUCACCUCAAUUGAGGUGCCAGUGAAGUGUUUGCUAAUGUGUGCCACCUUAUGAUAUAGGUCAGCAUUUUUCAGAGGAGGAAACCUCUGCAAUAUUAGGACCAGCUGUUGAAUGAUCUUUAGCUCAAGCAUGUAUUAGGUUUAAAAAAUAUAUACGUUGCAUACAGAAUUGUCACUCUCUCUCUAAAAUAUGGUCUGAGUUGCUUAGUUGUCUAUGUGUACUAUAUGGUAUUAAUGUUUAGCAACAGUAGGCAGUCAAUGUCCAAGUGGCUCACCAAAUGUCAAUAGGACAAAACUAUCAACUCUGAGGAAGAAUUCUUAACUGCUUUCCUUUAUGGCGGAGAUAUGAGGAUGACUAGCUUGUCACAAAGUACAGUAUUAACUUAUUGCCUUUCCACAUUAAAAUACAGUAUUUGAAUGAACAAGCAGUUACCAGUGGUGAAAACAUCUUCAGUAGCCUUAUGCCUUUGAAAGAAAUAGAUCAGUUUCAGCCCUGACGUUUUAUUCCAUUGACUGCUUUUGGGAGUUAGAUGGCUGUUACACUCUUGGGCCCUUAUUAUAAAAAAUGGUAAUAGUCUAAAUGUAUACACGUAAUAACCGGGAAUGGUCUUUUUAUAAUCCAUUUUGUGAAAAAUAUAUUUUAGAAUUUACGCAUGCUAGUAAUUCACACAACAUCUCAGAGUAAAUUUCUUGGGACAGUGUUAUUUCUUUUAUUGUAAUAGUACUGUGCAGUAUUUCAAGACCAAGGCAUCUUUUAUAUGAAUGGCUCUAAAUGGAUACGCUUGAUGGUUAUUAUUCACUACAGUAGUGUAGAAGUGCAAUAUAUCUACACAAUUCUGGUCUUUGGAAGAAUGGCAGUGUGAUAAUUGAUGUGAAGAAACUUCAACCACUUGUAACUUUAAGAUAGAAGCUCUUUUGGUUUUUCAAGAUUUAAAUACCAGCUCACUCUAAUUAUUAGCUAUGCAUCACUAUAAAAAAAGAAGAAUUCUGUUUUCAGAUAGCUAGAACAGCUGUAUUGUAUGAAGAAAAUAUUACAGAUCUUUUUAAUUUUUGGUGAUAAUUAAUUUUUGGUGAUAAUCCUCUUAUGUUUAUUGAACUGAUCUCUAUGUACCAUGGUUAGCAAUGUAAUUCUGGGCAUACUCCUCAGUUGUUUACAGCAACAAAUGACAGUAGUUAAACCAGUUUUAAUGUACGAACAAGGGGACCAAAGAGUGAUUUAUACUUCUGUCUUUAUCUGUAAUGUUACAUAGCAGUAUAAAUAUAUUUCUAAUGUUCAUUGAAUUGUGAUUGUUUUAAUCUAAGGGAAAUAAUGAUUCUUUUAGUUUUGCACUUUGCUAUUCAUUUGUUCUGUUUUUUUGUUUCAGUAUGAACAGUUGAUUUUUAUUUUAAUUACAUGUCUUUUUUGUUGUACAUAGUACCAUCUAGUAAAUAGCUUUUUGUAUAAUAACUGUUUAGAAAAUCUGUCCUUAUGUUUGUAAACUUCUUUUUCACUUGCAUGUGUGUUUUGACAUUUCAUUCACUGAGCAUAUUUUAAUAUGCCUUUAAUACAUUAAAACGUAGUAUUGCAUCAUUAAUGUAUUAGCUUUAUGGCGCUGUACAUGGUCAUCCAAAGUAGUUCAUGUAUAAUCACACCCUAUAGCAAGAUGAUCAGGAAAAAGACUUGAAGUUUUGCUCUUGAGAUGUGGUAGUAUUCUGGGUUGUAAUUAAGGAUGGGUGAAUCUCACUUUAGGUAAAAUAAAUGGACCAAAUUGCACCAUAACUCAGAAAAUGAUACACUCACUCUAUCGGGUUUUGUUCAAUUGCUGUGCUCACUUUGGAAGUGGAAAUAAAGAGAACCUGUUAUGGUAUUUUUGUCAUGGCCAAAAUUAGGAAGUCAAUUGUUACAAUGAGGCUUGCAGCCUGAAUUUUUCAGACCAAGGUACUUGAGGUAAGGAGAAAUCUCAGUGUGCUUAUCCAAACUACAGUGGUAUUGUGUGUGUGUGAUAACUAGUAAGAGUUGUGAGGCACUGGGUGUUUUCUAUGCAUUAAUGAUCUAACCAGCCAUUAAACCCCAGCUAAUCUCUUCGGCCUUUAUUGUAGCUGUUAAAUACAUGUAAAUAUUUUGUUUAAACUGCUGCAUCUUUAGAGUAGUUGUUUUUGUGUGUCCCCUCCCCCCCCGUUUCUGCAUAUAGUAUCUGUUACCCAUGAAACAUGUUACUGUUUGGCAAUCAGUUCUUUUCUAGUGAACACGUGACCUAUAUUUUAAGAACCUUAAAUUCAUUUGCUGAGUUGCAAUGAUUUUUGGAACAUUUAAAAGGCCCCUGCAAUUCUCCCGUCUCUGAUUCCCCCCCCCCCCCCCCCCCAAGCAGGACAACUUUUUGUUAAUUUUUUUAGCUAUUUGAUGGUCAAAGGCAGAUUAGGCAGGGACAACUUUCAUAUUCUCUUCCCCUGGCCUCCUAUGGCAAUGUUUCUCAAAUACAGCCACUAGUGGGUUUUCUUGCGGCCACAGCCUUCUGGGCUGUGGAUGGGUGGGCGAAGUAGCGCAUCCUCCACCUUCCUUUCACUGUUUCUCUUGGAUGCACUGCCUUGGUGUUUGGUUGCUGGAGCCUCCACCUGGAGUCAGCUGAGGCACAAUGCUGUAGGAGCAGGCAGAUGGUGAGUUCUUUUCCUUCCCAGGGGUGGUAGGGCUCAGGCUUUGAGCUUCAGUGCUGUGGUGGUGGGGCAGCAGGCUCUGGCCAUGGGGCUUUGGACUCCAGCUCCGGGCUCUGGCUGCGCAGUGACAGGCCUGCUCCAGCCACACGGUUUCAGGCUCUGUCCCCGGGCCCCAUGACUUUUGGCUCUGGCUGCAGGGCUUCAGGCUCAAGCCCCACACUGCCUCCCCCAGCCACCCACCCUCAUCUCGCCUGGCACCCACUCCCUCCCCAACUCUCCAUCCAGGGCUUAAUUUGUCCCCAGGCUUGCCAGGGCUGAGUAAGUCUGCUGUGAAAAGUGGUAUUUGUAUGUUUGUUAAUAUCACUUUUCACAACAGACUUACUAGCUAGCAAUAAAUAAAUUACAAUGAUUUGGACAUGUAUAUAUGCAUAUUUAUUUUGUUUUCCUAAAGUUAAUUCAAUAUUUUAGGAAAAGUGAGAGCAGCCACCAGUAAGAAUUGUGCCUCCUCCACCGUCAUGCCUCUUCCUCCUAAUAUGGGGGAUGAUUUCAAACAAUUCCAGGACCUACUUAAAAGGGUAUCAAGUUCACUGGACAUCUCUCUGGAAGAGGUCCAGGUGACACAGCACAAACUAGUGGAUAUUUUGAAUACAUCCUCUUCUUUCAAAAUUGCUUUGCCUAUGAACAAUGCAAUAAUGGAACCUGUCAAGACCAUUUGUCAGACCCCUGCAACUGCUCCUCCAACCUGCAAGAAGGCUUGACAAAAAAUAUUAUGUGCCAGUGAAAGGCACAGACUUCCUCUUCUCCCAUAUGGCACUCAAAUCACUGGUGGUUGACGCAUUCCAUGAAUGUGACAGGCAACAGCAGCCCAAGCACACACCUUAUGAUAAGGACUGGAAAAGGCUUGACCUUUUCAGCCACAGGGUUUACUCUUUGGCUACACUACAUCUCCGGAUAGCCAAUUAUGAGACCUUGCUGGCAAAGUAUGAUUACAACUACUACUACACAGUUUUCUGAAUUUAUUGACUUUAUUUCCAAAGAUAAGAACAAUUUUCAGGAGUUUUAUCAGGGACAACUCUUCUCUGGAACAGCCCUCCAAGCUGAUCUGUUACUAUGCCCCUCAGCGUUACAGCCAUGCUCCGUAUUCACAGCAACACCGGCAUAUGAGAGUCACAGAGGCCAUUGAGAAGAUGACAGCCUAUUUUUCCAGCAGCAGCGUCGCAGCCAUAGACAUCCAGGCAACAAAUUUGAAGCUUUUGUUGAGGGCCCAAGAGCUCCAUGUCUUUCUGUGCUGAAGACGUCUACUCUCUCCUGACCUUUCAGAGAUUGCCUAGUUCCAUUUUAUCCAAUCUGGAAAACCAUCACAUCUGACAGAUGGGUGCUAGAAAUCAUACAAACUGGUUACUCCAGCCCCUUUCUUUUCAAACCCCUUAUUCACCAUCCCUCCCAUCCCUCUUCAGGGACCCCUCUCAUGAGCAUCUACUGUGUCAAGAGGUAAUCCAUCUCAUACAUCUAGGAGCAGUAGAACCUGUUCCAACAAGACACAGAGAGAGGGGAUUUUUAUUCCCACUAUUUUCUCAUAAAGAAAAAGUUUGGGUGGGUGGAGACCCGUACUUGAUCUACGGUGACUCAACAAGUUCGUGAAGACACAGCACUUCAAAAUGGUCACCCUAGGCACCAUAAUUCCAGCACUAGAAAGAGUGGAUUGGUUCUCUGCCCUCGACCUCCAGGAUGCGUAUUUUCAUAUAACAAUCCAUCCCUCACUUCGGAGGUUUCUCUGAUUUACUUUUGGACAGGAACAUUUCCAAUACAAGGUUCUUCCUUUUGACCUAUCCAAUGCCCCUCAAGUUUUUUCAAAUGUACUAGCAGUGGUUGCUGCCUACCUCAGCAGAAACGGAAUCAUGAUAAUCUCGAACUUGGACGACGGUCUGCUGAAAGCACCAACACGGCAAGCAGUAUUACAAGCCGCCAAACCGAUGGUGACCCUCUUCACGAGAUUAGGACUCCAAAUAAAUGCACAAAAGUCCACUCUAAUACUAGUGCAAGAGUUGGAGUUCAUUGGGGCCCAUCUCAGUUCUCCCAAGGCCAUAGCCUCUCUACCAAGGCAAUGCUUUCUCACUCUAAUCAACCUCAUAUCCACGACAUGAAACAGUCCACAGGUAUCUGACAGGACUUGCCUGCAACUUCUUGGCCACAUGGUUGCCGUGACCUUCGUCAUCAGAUGCACAAGAUUACACGUGUUGCCUGCAAGCGUGGCUCCGUUUAAACUAUGUCCCACACAGACACAGCAUAAACAUCGACCUCUUGCUUUCCUUAACAACGUAUUUAUCAUGGACAUCUGUAGGGCUGUAACCUGCGCUUCAGCCCAUACUUUUACGCAGCAUUACUCAUUAGAGCAAGAGGCAACAUCUGAUGCCUCUUUCAGACUCACUGUGCUGUCUUCUGUCAUGACUUCAACUCCGAAGCCCCCUUCUUCCACCAGAGGGUACUGCUCCAAAGUCACCUAAAGCAGAGCACCCAUAGGCACAGCACUUGAAGAAGAGAAAGUUACUCACCUUGUUGUAGGUUCUUCGAGAUGUGUGUCCCUGUAGGUGCUCCACUACCCUCCCUCCUCACCUCUGCUUCAGAGUUUAUCACUUAAUCUCUGCAGUAGAAAAGGAACUGAGGGGGUGUUGGUCACACAGCGCCAGUUAACUGCCUGAGGUGGUACGAGACGGGGACCGUGCAUGUGCGACCCAGCCGGGCACUGCUACCACAAAUCUCCGAUUACAAGUCCAAGGGCACCCAAAGACCUAAAGUGGAGUACCCAUAGAGACACACAUCUCAAAGAACCUACAUUCCUGCACAAGGUGAGUAACUUUCUGAUCCUGGCAGUCUGGAUCCCUGUCAGCUUUGCUCCCUGCUCCAGGCAAGCUCUGCACAGCAGUGAGGAGGAGCAAAAGCUGGAGCCACCACUGGGGGAGGCUGCAGGGAAAUUUUGGGGCUGGCUCCCACUUGCUACCCUGACAGUGCGCAUGCUGCCCAGGUGCCCUUGCACAUGUAGGCCCAGAGGGGGCCAGAGAGUGGAGCGGAUACCAAGAGGGCUAAGGACGUUGCUCCAAGGAACUCUGGAAUACAUCUGGAGGACUUCUGGAACCUGAGUCAAAUCAGGGGCCGCAUACACAUGGGAAAGCAAUAGGAUUUGGACACACAGUCGCAGCUUAAUAUGGGCUCAGACCCUCCAGCCCUGCAGGGUCCUGAAGCCCUAGGUUUGAGCCCUACGUGAUUGGGGUGUGGAUGCCAGGGGGACUUACGUUGCUUACAUGGCCUUAUGUUGCUGUGUAGACAUACCCCUAGUGGCUCAACAUGCAGAGCAGAAGCCUCAGUCCUGCAGCUGCUCAGCCUGUAAUUCUGGGGCAGGUUUCAGACCUAUCCCCUUCCCCAAUCUCUGACUGCAGAGUAUUGGGGAGGAGAUGCCUGAUGAGCAGGAACCUCACUUCACCACACUCAAGUCUUCAGGAACUUGUCAGAUGCAAAAUAGAGGGGAAGGAGAGAGCACCCCAGAAAAUUUCAAAUUGGAGGGAAGAGGAAUAAUUUUGAACUGUUUAAAGGGACUCUUAACUUGAAUCGUCUCAAAAAUUGAUUCAUAUUUUAAAUUCCAGUUUCUGUAGAACAACUUAAAUAACACGUCCUGAUUAUUUAAAAUUUCUUUUAUAAGAAUUUUUCUUCUCCCCUGUUUAUAAAGGUAUGUUAAAGGUGAAACUGAUUAUACGCAGUGCUGUCAAAUAGACAUUGAGUAAAAUAUUUUUUCACAAACUUUGAAUUACAGUAAUCUUAUAUGUAACUAACAGGCACAGAAUUUUCAGACAAACUUUGUUUUCAAGUUACCUUAUUUUAAAAUUGGGAUUAUUUGUUUCCACUACUGAUAUACUUAACAAUCUCCAUUGUGUCAGCAGUUGAAAGAAACUGACACAAACCCUAUUCCCUUCCACAUACAUUUGUGAAGGUGGAAGUUUCCAUGCAGACAAAAAUAUUAGAUCCUUAUACUCACAAUAAGAUUAAGACUUGCUCUCAAUUCUUCCAUGUAGCUGAUGUAUUGGUAGUAUUUCUCCUGGGCACCCCCUUGCCUCUUAACCAUUUUUUGUGUAGUCUCUUCUCUUUUUUAUGGACUACAUUGAAGGAACUAAAAAUUAGUUGUUGACGCUCUUGGACAGUAGGUCUAUGUCUAGCUUUCAAAUUCACCACCUAAAAUUAACUUUUGGGAUAUCCUCACAUAGCCUAAUUUAACACAUUAUUCCAUUAGUUUAGCAGGGGCAUUUCAAAUAAUGACUUGCUAAGGAAAUAUUCUGCAUUGCAAUUGAAAGGAAUCAGUUUUAUAAUCCCCUCUUCACAUAUCUGACAACCAUUUCUUUCUACUGUAGGAGUUGAUUUUGUUGUAUGUAUACUUGAAACUUGAAGUUAUAGCUGUAAUUACAGUCCAAAAUAAUAUCUGUAGCUAAACCAUCUGAUCCAUCAUAUGUUGGAGCUUUGACCAGUCUUCUGAUUUUGGACUUGUAGAUUCUAGUUUAAAAUAAAUACAGAAGGUAAGACAAGUGUCCAUGAGCUGCUUGAGUAUUCUGUUAAAUGGAACUGUACAUAUUUCACUGACAUUCCAAAAAUAAACAACAUUGUGAAUGGGAAUUGUGAAUUUAAAUCCCAAAAGUGAUCAUUUAAAAAAAUGCAUCAACUCAUCAUCCACAGCAAGCAGAUCUGCUGAUUAAAAUUCACUCUAAUAUAGUGGCCAGCACAAGGUCAAUGCACUGCUGAAAUCCCCCUUUAUGCCCUCAAAGUACAGCUUAAGUGGGCCUUCGGUGGUACAUAGGCCUUGCGCUAGCCUCUGUGGAUGGGUGUAUUUUACCCUGUUUUGUUUACUCGAGUGACAAAGCUCUUGUUACCUUUUCACUCUUGACAGAGGUAGAGACCCAACACAGCUGUGUGAAAACAAGCUAGUUUCUAUUCAAUCUUGCCUGCCAACAAAUUUUUUAAAGUAAAUUCCAUUUGGUUCCGUGCAUUGUAACUGCAGACCUUGGCCUGCAGAAUCCUUACUACCUACUUACGGUGGUUCGUGAGCCAGAAAGACCAUGGCUUGAUUCCAGACUGUAAGAAAGUUGAAGCAGUUAAAGCCAUCCUUAUGCUUAGUUUACAUGAAAGUUUAAUAUGUAGUGUAAUUAAAAGAGAUGCAACAUCAGACCCCGCAGUGCCAUUUUACUUCAAAGUAAUUUCCAACUACAGCAGAGCUAAAAGUAAUUGAUUUUAGAGUAGAAGUAUGUGAGGAUAUCUACAGAAAUAUUCCUCUUACAAGAAGUUUUUCACCUCAAAUGUUCAUCUUUCAAUUCCAUGAUCUAUUACACUGAAAAAAAUCUAUCAGAAGUAGGAAAAUUUGUUUAUAUUUGAGAUUAAAUCACUAAAACUGCAUGAAUGUUAACUAUUCUCUUUAUCAGUAAUCAAAAUGAAUCAGCAUUUGCUCUUCCAGCUUCUAUUAUGAGCUGGGGAAACUAAUCUAUAAGCCAAACUAAAUAACUAACAUUUUUUUCAAUAAACGCUGAAGAUUAACUGAAUAAGUAAUUAUUGACUGAUCUAAAUAAAGCCAUUUUUCUCUGAAAGCUAGCCCCUUAGCUUGAUACUGGUAAUUUAGUUAUUGUCUUAAAUAAUGUCAUCUGUUUUCAGAGGAAUGUUGGUAAGAAUGGUUAGGUUGACAGGUGUUUGUUCUUCCCAUUUAAAAACUGUGUAAACUAUAUAAGUUCUAUAUAUUGAUAUAGUAAAAAUCAAACUACAAGUUAAAAAAUGCUUAACAUUUCUCUUGACCUAUGAAAGUACAUUGAUUGUGUACAUUUCUGGUAAUCCUUAGAGCAGGGAUAGUCAAAAGGCGGACCACAGGCCAAAUCCAGAAUGCCAGGUGCUUUUGAAUGGACCACAAAAUAUUUUUAUUUACUUAUUAUGAUUGUUGUUUUUUUUAUUUUCUCUGGAAUGUGGACCUUGACUAAGAAAUUUGAACUUUUGACAAAAAAUAAUUGACUACCCCUGCCUUAGAGUUUUAGUUGCAACAAUACAGUCUAUGAAGGCCGGAACUUUUAAAUAUUUUUUAAAAAAAUCUUAAGAAUCCAGUAGAGACUCUUCAAAAGAACCAUUAGGGCUAAGCUAGUUCCCACCAUAUGUGAACAUCUUGAAUCAGCUGAAAAAAAUCAGACAUCACUUGGCCCUUAUGUAAUCAGAUAAAAGGGAGAAGAAUAGGAUUUCUGAGAGGAUUAAUAAAAUUAAAAAUCUAGUCUUAAUAGUCAUUGCAGUAGUGAGCUGAUAAAGAUCGAUUUGGAUUGAAUUUAUUUUGGCUUUUGGUCGACCAUGAUUUAAAUAAUAAUGUUCAAUUAUAGGAAACCUAGUAGAUGCAGCUUCUCCAGGCAUUAGAAAAAUGGAGGUGGAGAAAGUGUUAUGUGAUUCCUAGUCUAUAGUAUGUUCCUCUUUUAGAAAUAAAGGCCAGAUUCUCAGAUGACACAAACUUACAUUAGCUGAAAAUUUGCCCUGAGGUUUAUUGUAAAGCUUAAAGAUAGCAAGAAUAGUGAGAGUUGAGAGGUAAUUUAAUUGAGAAAUUAUUCAUAUUACGUGGUGUGAAACAGUAUUUUUAAAGUUAGUUAUAUCUGUAUGUACUGCAUGUUAUAUAAUAGUUUAGCUCUAAUUUAAGAUUAAAAUACUUCCAUGGAUGAUACCUAACAAGCUGUAAAUAUUGUAUACUUUUAAAAUUUUUAUAAAAGCAACUUUUUUAUUUCCGUAUUUGUGUAUAAACCUUGCUAUGAACCUACAAUAAUUUCUUGACUAUAAAAGUUUUGCGGUUAAUCUUCUGUAUUUUAAUUGCAGUAAUGAUCUUAGUAUAGCCAUACAAAUGUUUUUUCUCUGUUUCUCACAGCACAUUCACCUCUCAUUUUCUUCAAAGGGUAGCAAUAAAAGUUGGCAUAUUACUUUAGAUUAAAGCAAAUUUUUCUGCACAUAUUUCCACUCCAUUGCUUCAGCUACAAAGCAGUGAUGCACAAUUGACAUUGCCCUGUCUAGUCAUAAGAUUUCAGGGGGUCUUUAUGCAGUUUUCAUCUUUGUAACAUACUGGAGGAAAUCUUUGGUAAUGAUCUAUAUACAGUAACUUACAAAUUAACCCAGUAUGUAGACAGUACUCAUUGUACAGAUUUAUUUGAUUAAACAUUGGUUAAAAAAAAAUACAAAUCCCCAAGCCAGUAUUUUAAUAAUGUUCUGUAACCUGUUUCAUGCACUUAUAAAUAAAUUGAUCUUAAAGCUG